UAAGAAUAAGGACACUAACAGAAGAAGAAGGGAAAGACAACUGAUCGGGGGCUGUAGCACAGCUUUUUUCUAGCUGACGGACCGGUGUUACAAGGCCUGUAGCUGAUGUAGCUAUUCUGCAUGCACAUUUGUGUUUGCUGCUCACUUACAGUAACUUCCAGAAAAAGAAGAGGAACAAGAAAAGGCCCUUCAGAAAGAAUCGAAGGCUAAAGGUAUCACCACAUGAGAAAUAGGGAAAAGGCUGCUCAGGACAGAAGUGGGGUCCAGCUGUUAACUGGGAGGAUGAGGAAAGCAAUGGCAGUGUGCCAUUUUUCUCUAAGCAGGAGAUUCCUUGUCCCACUUAUGGUUCUGGGACUGAUUUCGAUUGGGUUUCUAAAACUGCCUCUGUUCAACACUAAUCCGAAACCUGUCAUGAUACUUGUAGAUCCCAGUCAUCGAGAGCGUGUCCAUUCCUAUGUCAGAAGUGUGUUAGCCAGAGAAUGCAGACCAUCUUUUACAAGGAAGAAGAUAGAGGCAUUGUAUCCUACUUUAUCAACUGUAGCUGAGCUCUUCUUACAAAAGAACAGCAACUUAACAGAACAAAUGUUUAAAUAUCCUCCACCAUUUGGAUUUCUGGACAUGCAGCACAAGCUAAAGGAAGUCUUGAAUGUCAUGCCUGUUUCUACAUCAGAGAAGAUUGGAGGACAUGGAUGCCGCCGUUGUGUUGUGGUUGGCAAUGGAGGGAUACUUAGAGGACUGGAGCUUGGACCUCUACUGAAUAAUUUCAGUGUCAUCUUAAGAUUGAACAGUGGUCCUGUGAGAGACUUUAGCAGAGAUGUGGGGAACCGUACCACCAUCAGAAUGAGUUAUCCUGAAGGCAGCCCGAAGCAUUGGGAAGAUGUAGAUCCUCAGCUUCAAUUUGUGGCUGUUAUAUACAAAUCCGUGGACUUCAACUGGCUUCAUGCUGUGAUCACAAGAACAAGAGUGUCACUCUGGGACAAGAUAUUUUUCUGGCAGAAAGUGCCAGAGAGCAUUCCUCUGGAUCCUUCAAAGUUCCUUAUCCUGAAUCCAGAAAUCAUCAGGGAGACAGCAUUGGACCUGCUUCAUUACCCCAAACCUAAGCAGCGGCUUUGGGGCUGGGAUCAGAAUAUUCCUACCUUAGGUGUCUCUGCCCUGAACUUGGCAACCUAUUUGUGUGAUGAGGUCAGCUUAGCAGGCUUCGGCUACAACCUCAGCCAGAAGGAGACACCACUGCAUUACUAUGAAAAUCUACCUAUGACCACCAUGUUGAAGCAGGCCAUGCACAACGUGGACCAUGAGACAGUUUUUCUUCAGAGACUGGUAGCAGAAGGCAGCAUUUCAGACCUUACAGUUAUCAGGACAGUUAGGAGAACAGCUGUGAACAUAUUCUCCUGUCAAGCAAGCUGAAACCAUCACUGGAUUCUGUGUACGAUCACACAGACGGACCUGAUCAGAAAACAGUGCUCUGUGACAUACUGUGCAAAUAUAACUUGGACCAGCUUUCGUUAUCUCCUUAAAGUGGACCAGUGCCUUCAGCACUUUGGGAUUCAGGGUUUCAUUGUUCUCCUGUGGUGUUUGUUGUGUUUGUAUUGUUGUGUUUCUCUGUAUUUCCUCUGUAUAUGUUGUGCACAGCGUAUCUUGUGUAGGAUUUUAAGUCUAGAUGCUCUAUUUUUUGACCAAAGUAAGCAGUGUUCUCUGUGAUUGGUCCUGAAGUGCAAAUCAGUCCGAUGUAGUCUUUUAAAUUGUUGUUUCUUUUGUUCACGAAAGUUCAGAUCAUGUCUAUACCGUUUUAUAAAAUACUGUUUCUGCCUUUGCCUGAAAGCGUCAUCUAUUUUGUAGCUGUUGGUGACGUACCGUCUCUGCAAUCUGGAUUAUUCUUGUAGCUAUCAGUAAUGUACCGUCUCUGCUUCUCUCUGAAAUCUGGAUUAUUCUUGUAGCUAUCGGUAAUGUACCGUCUCUGCUUCUCUCUGAAAUCUGGAUUAUUCUUGUAGCUAUCGGUAACGUACCGUCUCUGCUUCUCUCUGAUAUCUGGAUUAUUCUUGUAGCUAUCUGUAACGUAUCGUCUCUGCUUCUCUCUGAAAUCUGGAUUAUUCUUGUAGCUAUCGGUGACGUACCAUCUCUGCUUCUCUCUGAAAUCUGGAUUAUUCUUGUAGCUAUCGGUAACGUACCAUCUCUGCUUCUCUCUGAAGUCUGGAUUAUUCUUGUAGCUAUUGGUGACAUACUGUUUUUGCUUUACUCUAUAUAUUGUGUUAAUCAUGUAAUUAACUUUGACAUUUAUAAUUACGUACUGUAAUUUAUAUUUUCAGUAUAAUGUACUGGGAUGUGCUGUUUCAUCUUUUCUUUGAAUUUAGGAUCAUUUGCAUAUCUGUUUUUCCAAUUUAACCCUGUCUUUUUGCCCUCUGUCUGGAUGGAUUGCUCUUUUUUCUUAAUGCGUUUUUGGAAAUAUUGCCUCAUUCUUUGUGUUUUGUUUUAUUUAGCCAUGGGUUGUUCCAUAAACUGGCAAAGGUCAGAGCAUAGACUGGAACAUGUGUCUACCAUUGUUGGAAUCUCACAAGAUAGAUUGCCAUGAGUGUCUGCAGUAGUGGCCCAAUCUCUGUUCACAAAGGAUACAGGAAGGAGUUCAUAUUGCUGAUUGUCCUUCAGUUCAAGGCAUACUUGAUACAGAAUUAGCAACCUUUCAAUCAUGUCUUCUAAGUUUGCAAAAGUAAGCAUCACAGCUGUGCCCAUGUGCUCAUCAGCUGUUAAACCAUCAGGUGUUCUGCAAUGAGGAUCAAAAAACCCGAAUCUGCUUGCGCGAUCUCUGAACACGGCGAUGCAUGUGGCUCCAGUCAGCAGCAGCGCGUCAGUGACAUCACCUCUCAGACAGCUGAGAGCUCUCUCUAGGAUUACAUACUCGUCCAUUCCCUGCGGCGCAUAGUCCUUUAAAAACCCGAAUCUCUGUGGGUAUUUAAUAAUGCUGUAACACUGUGAGUCUGUCUGUAUUGUACUUGGUAACUCAUCAAAGGUCAGUAGGUCACUAAGGCUACGUUUACACAGCAGGUAAAAGUGGCCCAAAUCCGAUCUUUUUCC